AUGGCGGCCCAUGCAAGCAUUAUCGCAGAACAUCCCUCAGAUUCGAGCCACGACCACGACCACGAUCAUAGCCUCAACCUCAAUCCUCCCACCUCGCCCCAAAACGCCGACCACCAUCCCCAUCCCCAGCACCAACCCGCAGGCAAACCAGCCCGAAGAGGCCGGUAUGUCGACAUGAAAGACAGUUGGAGCCACGGAGACGAUCGCCGAGACAGAGGUAGAGUAGACAGAGGAGUGCGAAGAUCCCCAUCGCGCGACCGCAGCAGCAAGUUCAACGACCGACGCCCGUCGCCUGCUCGAGACUCCAAGGACCGUCCUCCCAAAUCACGACCUGCCACACAAAGUGAGCGUCCCCCGCGCGACCGAAGCCCGGAGCGAAGACGACGUUCUAGAUCACCGCUGCGAGAUUCGAGGGAGGAGGUGCGGGAGCGUAAUCGAGGACGGGAGCUGCUGGACACGAGAGGCUCUGACAAGCCAAAACGAAGCAGUACCCACCACUCACCAUCAUCAUCAGUAAAACGUCGCAAGACCCGCAGUCCAUCGCCACCGCGCACCCAUAAGAAGUCGAGGAGAGAUACAUCGCGAAGUCCCUCGAGAUUAGACCGUGGAUCGGAAAAGAGACGGCCGAAAUACUCCCCUGGACCAGCCCGUAGAAGAUCCCCGGACCGAAAACCUUCUAAUCUUCACCGUGAGGGCAAGUCCAAGUACUCCCGAGAUCCUGGCACGUUCGACAGACGUGGUCGCUCCCCGAGUCCUCGACGCGAAAGACGUGAGGCUCUUAGCAAAUCCGAGGUUCUGCCGAGACGUGAGAGAACGCCUACAAGACAAUCGCACAGGUCGCGAGAUCGCUCACCAUUCAACAAAUACAAGGGGAAGGAGCCAAAGCGCGAGCGUUCUCCAUUUGACAGACCUAGAGGUAAGGAACAGAAGAGAGGCCGGUCUCCGAUUCCUGGUAGGAGAUCUCCUGGCUUCGAUCGCUCUGGCCCAGCAAAUCACUCUCGCUCUCGACAACCUUCGCCGCAAGGACCCAAAUUUGCUAGAGAACGUGGCAAGUCACCCAGAGAAGAUAGAGGUGGCGGAAGUCGACGGGGUUCUCGGGACGAGCAUCCGCGAGACGAUUACCGCGCCGGAAAGGGCAAGCCAAAAUCUGGACGGCCAUCCUUCCCAAGUGCUUCGGGUGCCAACAGCAUCGACUUGAAGGGUAAAGGAGCCCGAAAUUCCACUCCCACCCCUGCUGCUGCCUCAGGUGCGAACAGUAUUGAGGUCAAGUCCGAUAAGAUGUAUGGCCGAGGUGGCUUCCAAGGCCAACAAGGCUACAAUCAAAAUCCCAUGCAGGCCGCCUUCCCAUUGAAGCCUCAAUAUAAUCCGGGGCCCCAUGUCGAUCCUCGAUAUUCCCAAUCUCCUCAACCUCAUAUGACACCAAACUCAUACCAAGGCUCUCCACAACAUUCGCCGUAUGGGGCCGGAAGAGGCAACUACGUGGGACAAUCUCAAUUUUCACCACAGAGCCACCAUGGUCAGUACACCCCGAAUCACUACCAACAGCCCCACCAACAGCCCUACCCCGUGGCUCCCCAAGGACAGUACUACAACAAUGCACAAUCUCCUCCCUACUCAACACCCACAGGACCCAUGAACAAUGCGCCAUACCAAACCAGCUAUCGUGGCAAUUCUCGAGGUUAUCGCGGUAACAACUUUCAUCCUCGGGGUGGUCGGGGUGAUCAUAGAGGCGGCCGGGGUGGACAUUUUCAAAAUGCACACUUUAAUAGUUCAGCGAAUAAUCCAAACAACGGUCCAAUUGGUAUGGGACGAGGACAACAUGUCAGUCCCGGAAAUGCAACACCGCAACAUGUCACACCACACAAUUCGACCCCACAGCACACGUCUCCACAGCAUGUUUCUCCCCCGCAGCAAAUACCCGCUACAACAGCAUUGCAUGCAGAAUCCCAGUCUGGUUCGCAAGCUGGUUCCAAUGUCGGUACCCCCCAGCGCAAGACCGAUUCCCAGCCGCAGCCCGAAGUUGUGGAUGAGGAGGAUGCCGAAGAUCUGUUCAGACCAUCGAAGGACCUACAGGUUGAGGAUAAGGAAGCGAACAAGAAAAAGGACGAAGAGGCAAUGCCGCCGCCAGCGAGUCGACCAGUUCCAACAGGACCGCAAAGUUCAAAGCCUAAAUUUGGUGGGGUCAGUUUUGGGAUUCCUAAGAAGUCUGUCCAGGCAACUUCGCAAAAACUCGAUAUCUCUCAGAAGCUGAACUCGGGACCAGCACGCAGCGUCCAAUUUGCCUCUGCUGGUCCCAAAGGACCGAACUCUCGGAACAUUCCCACAGGGCCCGCUUCCGGCGGACAACAAACCCCCCAGAACAAUGCUUCAACCCAGGGCCAGGCUCAGGCACCCGCUCAGCCACAGCAAUCUGCUCCCACUACGCGAAAGGUCAAGAAGAUUAUGAAAAGGGCGAAGGAGAAGCCGCAGCUUUCGGAGGACUUCCGAAAGUCGGACUCUGUCUACUACAGGAAGAGUGGCAACGACUCGGUUGUUGGAUCCGGCACGUACGGCAAGGUCUAUAAGGGCAUUCACGUCUACACGAAGAAAAUGGUCGCUUUGAAGAAGAUCCGCAUGGAGGGCGAGCGCGAUGGUUUCCCGGUGACAGCUGUUCGAGAGAUUAAGUUACUUCAAUCGCUGAAGCACCACAACAUUGUCAACCUGCAGGAGGUUAUGGUGGAGAAGAAUGACUGCUUUAUGGUUUUUGAAUAUCUCUCUCACGAUCUCACUGGUUUGCUGAACCAUCCGACCUUCAAGCUAGAGGCUGCCCACAAGAAGCAUCUUGCAAAGCAGAUGUUCGAGGGACUCGACUACCUGCACCGACGUGGCGUUCUACACCGUGACAUAAAGGCAGCCAAUAUUCUGGUCAGCAGUGACGGACAGCUGAAGAUUGCCGACUUUGGUCUCGCACGCUUCUACGCCAAGCGAAGACAACUCGACUACACCAACCGCGUCAUUACAAUCUGGUAUCGCUCCCCUGAACUACUUCUCGGUGAGACGCAGUACGGGCCUGCAGUUGACAUCUGGAGUGCCGCCUGCGUGCUCGUCGAGAUCUUCACCAAACACGCCAUCUUCCCCGGCGACGGCGGUGAGAUUUCCCAACUGGACAAGAUUUGGGCUGUGCUCGGCACACCUACGAAAGAGGCAUGGCCUGGUUACACCGACAUGGCCUGGUUUGCGCUGCUGAGACCUACCGUGAAAAGAGCGAACGUGUUCGCAGAAAAGUACAAGGAGAGGGUUACGCCGGCUGCUUACGACUUGCUGGAGGCGAUGUUUCAGUAUGAUCCCGAGAAGAGGCCGAGUGCAAGUGAUGUGUUGGAGCAUCCGUAUUUCACGACGGAGGAUCCGGUACCGAGACAGGCUACUGAACUCGCCGCCCUCCAAGGCGACUGGCACGAAUUUGAAUCGAAAGCCCUGCGCAAAGAAAACGAACGCAGAGAGAAAGAAGCGCGACGUCGCAAAGAACUCGCCGCCAAAGCCACGAAAGAGACUGGUGUUGCUCCGAACGAAAAAGCCUUGAAGCAGAACGAGGUUUCGCACCGCCAAUCGACGGGGAGCGCGAGUUUGGUUGCGGCUGGCGCUGCGAAUGGAGAGAAGGCUGGAGCUGUGAAGCGUGCUUUGGAGGCGGGUGUCGUGGAGGGCGAGAGGGAUGCGAAGAGGUUACAAGUUGCGCCGCCUAAAAAUUCUGGGAGGGUGGUCAGUGGCGAGGUGGUUGAUGGGGCUGUCAGUGUUGGGGAGUAG